AUGCUCGACAAGUGCAAAUCAACCGAUACAUCGCCGUUUGUGAGGAAGCACGACUGGCUGCGUCUGAAGAGGGCCUCGUACCCGUUCAAGAAGGAAACCCUCGUUACCCUUUCCCAAUACGUGUCGGGCUUACAAGACAAUUUGAAUCUCUCGCUCCAGCUUCUCAAUGGCGCUCUUAUUACACAACAACAGAAGCAGAUCCAGAGCCUGGCUUCAACAGCAUCCGCUAUCAACGUACAGACGACCAGGAUAUUAACUGUUGUUGAGCAGAGGAACGCCAUUCCUCCCAUGACGCAGGAAAUGUUGCUUCAGGUAUACCCUAACUAG